UUAUAGUUUUUUUUUUUUUUUUUUUUUUAAUUGAUAGCUUUUAUGGAAUGCAAAUGUUUGUUCUUAGUCUGGGAGUGGACAAAUGCUGAUCUGAGAUUUUUUUUUUUCUCUUGUAAGAUUCAAUGCAAGUAUUACUUCCUAAAUAUGCCGUGAUAACUGUAGUAAAGAAAAAGUGUUUUGAGGGUUUGUAGAAAUUAUUUUGUGAUUUUAGGUUUCCUUUUUCAGAUCAAGAUAGGUUUUGGGAAUAGAAAUGGGGAUUCAAACAAUGGGAUCUCAAAGUAAUGGCCAACAAUCUCAUCUACAGCCAUGUCAGUUGACGAGGCAAAAUUCCUGGUAUAGCUUAACUCUUAAUGAAGUGGAAAACCAAUUAGGAAAUUUAGGAAAACCUUUGGGCAGCAUGAACCUGGAUGAGCUUCUUAAAAAUGUAUGGAGCAAUGAGGAAAAUCAAUCAAUGGGGAUGGGCAUUGAAAAUACCUCCGCAUCUUCCCUUCAGCGGCAGGCCAGCCUAACAUUGGCUAGGGCUUUGAGCGGCAAGACAGUGGAUCAGGUUUGGAAGGAGAUUCUGCAAGGGCAGAAGAAGAGGUUUGGUCAUGACAUGAAAGCUCAGGAAAGAGAAUCUAUACUUGGUGAAAUAACUUUGGAGGACUUCUUGGUACAGGCAGGGCUUUUUACUGAAGCAUCAUUAAGUCCCUCUAUGGAAGUGGUCUCUGUUGAUGUGGUGGGCUCUCAGUGUUUCCCACAGAAAAUGGUCUUGUCCCCAUCAUCAUCAAGAGGCAAUUUAUCAGAUACAACAGCAUCAGGAAGGAAAAGGGAUGCCCCAGAUGCUCUUGAGAAAAGUAUAGAGAGGAGGUUGAGGAGAAAGAUAAAGAACAGGGAAUCUGCUGCCCGUUCACGGGCUAGAAAACAGGCUUAUCAUAAUGAGCUGGUGAGCAAAGUAUCACGUUUGGAGGAGGAGAAUAUAAAGCUGAAGAAGGAGAAGGAAUUUGAGAAGAUGUUUCCAUGCGAACCUUCACCAGAUAUGAAAUAUCAGCUUAGAAGAACGAGUUCAGCCUCCUUCUGAUACUUGUUUCUUAAAUGAGAGUUUUGUAGUUCUUACACCACAGCUGCUCCUGGGUUAAGAGGGGAAACUAUAUAUGGGGAUUUUAUCAGCAAGUUCCUUUACUCCAACUGCUGAUGUGACUCCACCCUGCCCUCCAUUAGGCUUUGGUUCCAUGUAAAUCCAAGGUUAGCUUGACAUUUUAUACAGCACAAAACGUGCUAUGUUCAUAUGACUAUAUUUUGCCUUGAUUAACUUGAAAUUGAAAUUGGAAGUGAAGAAACAUUUGGCUUUA